GUAGUUGGAAUGGCAUCUGUAUGGGAUGACUUGGAUCUCCUCCUUGACUCGCCAUCCUCUGUAACAACAGCGACCACCGUUAGAGGGACCAUCAAAGACAGCAGCGGCUUCAAUGCGGGCGAAGAUGCUACAGCUCUUCGGAAGGCUAUUGAAGGAAUUGGCACAACAGAGAAGACACUGAUUGAUGUUUUGGCCCAGAGAAGCAAUGCUCAGCGCCAGCUUAUCGCUAAAACAUACCAUGAAGCAACAGGCAGGACCCUCAUUGAUGACCUUAAAGGGGACACCCACGGUGACUUUGAAGACCUGCUGGUGGCUCUGGUCACACCCCCAGUGCUCUAUGACUGUCGUGAGGUUAUUCGGGCCACAAAAGGAGCUGGGACAACAGACAGCACUCUAAUAGAAAUCUUUGCCUCAAGAUCCAACAAACAAAUAAAAGCUCUCGCUGAGGCAUAUUUAGCAGAAACGGGGAAGCAGCUGAGAGAUGGGCUGAAGUCAGAAGUGUCAGGUGACUAUGGCAAAGCUCUCCUCAUCUUGGCUGAGGGAGCGAGAGACGAGAGCACAAACGUCAACAUGGCGAAGGCUAAAGAGGACGCAAAGGCUCUGUAUGAGGCUGGCGAGAAGAAGUGGGGGACAGAUGAAAGCAAGUUCAUCAAAAUUCUGUGCCGCAGAAGCGUACCCCAGCUGAGACAAAUGCUGGUAGAAUACAAGAGCAUCAGCGGCAAGACCCUGCAGCAGAGCAUCGAGGGCGAGAUGUCCGGGCUGCUGGAGGAGCUGUUGGUGGCCAUCGUUAAAUGUGUCAAAAGUGUGCCGGCCUUCCUGGCUGAACGACUCUUCAAAAGCAUGAAGGGUACGGGAACGGAUGAGGCCACCCUCAACAGGAUAAUGGUCAGCCGCUCUGAGAUUGACAUGCUGGACAUCAGGACUGAAUUCAAAAAGCUGUUUGGCCAUUCACUCUAUUCUUUCAUUGAGUCAGAAACUUCUGGGGACUAUCGCAAAACCCUGCUGAAGAUCUGUGGAGGGGACGACGCUGCUUGAACCAGUCAUUGUUAUCUGUACACUAAGCCUUUCUAAAUGAAAAACACAACUACUUUUUAAUAUUGUAUUCAGAUCAUAAUGUGACACAUCAUGAAUGCUAUA